GGUGCAUGGAAAGUACUAGUGGAGGCAGACAAUGCACUGGUCCAAGGCCUGACCAGCCCUCAGAGGGACAGGGGUCGCCUCACUGCAACAACAGCCCCCUGUCUGCCUCCCUUUUUCUUUUUUUGAACUGCCACAGCAUGGGCUCAGGGAGGACACUGAAGUUUGCCCUGUGUGAGGUGCUGCAGUUUGCAGGCCUGUCCGUGCCACUCUUCCUCAUCAUGCAGAAGUUCGCCGCCAUCAUAGCAAAGGUCAAAACAUCAGCACAGCCUCCCAGUGAUGGCAGCACAGCCUACUGGUUGAUUGUGGCCUCCUCCAUUGCCUAUGUCACCUCCACUGCCCUGCUGGUCUGGGUGCCUCUGAAGUAUAUGGUCUUCAUGAAGAAGAAGUUUCUUAUUGGGAGGAAGAAGUGGAGGCCCAUAGCCCUCGUGUAUGUGAUCCUGUCCACAUUACCCUGCUUUGUUUUUCUCAUCGCCAGCUCUGAGAUUCAGGUAAAUAACAACAUGCAACAUGAUACGUUCACGGAGCUCCCUGUAUCACUAGUCCUCUUCUCUCUCAUCUGUAUUGACGUGGUGGAGAGGAUACGCCACUGCAGACUGACCGGCCAGGUUAAUGACAUGGCAAGAGAUGCUGACAUCCCCUCCACUGUCCUCACACAUGUGGAGCAGAUUGCAGCAGUAACACCCAUCACUCCAGCUGUGCCUGGGCAAGGUGUGUCCGCUUCCAUGCAACUGGGAGUAAACCAGCUCAAUGACAGGAACCAGACUGGAGCAGGGGCUCGACCAGAGACCAGUGGAAUAGUCCCAGGGCUACCAGGUAAUCCUGGUAGACCAUUUGGCGUCUCUGGAUUGAGCUCACGACCAGCGUCCACUGCAGUACACCACAUAGCUCCAUAUGCCUACAUGGGUCCACUGAGAUUCCUGUGUGCCAGUGACGCCCAGGUGGACAUGCUCGUGGACAGCUUUAUGUUUUGGAUGGAUACAGUGGAGAUGGUGCGGGUGGCAGGACAUCCUCUGGUCUUCUAUUCGGGCUGGGUGUUCCCCAUCUAUAUCUUCUGCUACCUGUCGUGCCUGCGUGUGGUGGUCAUGCCUCAGAACCCCCUGCUUUCUUCACUAGGAGUAGCUCUGCAGGACCUGCCCUUUUUCUUUGUGCGUGUGGGCCUCAUUGCCAUUUUUGGCUUCGUCACACCCAUCCUCUACCUGAUGAAAAACCUGUUGGUCUGCCUGGCCUUUGUUUAUUUCAACUUGAUGACCAAGCUGAAAGUCUUCAACACAAAGAGGAUGCUCUUUUAAUACAUUAAGAAAAGCUACAACACUGAGACAUAGUUGGCCACAUCCAGG